UUCACUGCUAUCACAUUUACACCCUAGAAAUGUACUCUAUCCGAUCUAAAAUGUAAGCUGUUUUAGUUUUGUUUAGUCAAACUCCUUUAACUUUGACUAAGUUCAUAGGAAAAAUACAUUAUAAAUUCGGUCAGCAUUUUACUUGGGAUAAAACUAACAUAUUUUCAUAUAAAGUAAGUAUAUCCUGCUAGAUCUAACGGCACAGCUCAAAAUAGCUUUAAUGGAUAUAAGCUCGGUGCAUAAAUGAGUAUGGGCAUGAGGUGGUGUUUAUAAACUAGAACAGCAUCUAGAACAACGACAACGAGGAACAAGUGCGUUCAUGAAUCAUGAAGCAUCAGAUCAGAGAGCGAUCCCAAAGCAUCGAACCAGUGUGAAGUUACGAGCUGGUGAGAAUGGUGAACUGGGUGCAAGUAGCCAAGCAGCAGCUGGUGCACCGGCUGGCGAAGAAGGCAGGGCUGCAGCUGCGCGCCGUCGACGUCGACGAUGCCGGCACGGUAAUGAACUUCUGGGUGCCCAAGGACAAGCUGCCGGCCUCCACCGAGACCGCGGCGGAGAGGAGGAAGACGGAAGCAAAGCGAGACAGCAGCAGGCUCGCCGUCGUGCUCCUGCACGGCUUCGCGGGCGACGGCAUCUUCACAUGGGCGCUGCAGGUCGGAGCCCUCGCCAAGCACUACGACGUGUACGUCCGGGACCUUCUCUUCUUCGGUGGCUUGGCGUCGCCGGCGGGCGGCUGGUCCCCGGCGUUCCAGGCGGAGUGCGUGGCGGCGGCGCUGCGGAGGCUCGGCGUGGAGCGGUGUGCGGUGGUCGGGUUCAGCUACGGCGGCUUCGUGGCGUUCCGGAUGGCGGAGGCGCACCCGGUCCUGGUCGCAUCGGUCGUCGCCACGGGCACGCUGGUGGACAUGACCCGCUCCACCAGCGAGCGCAUGCUGCGGAGGCUCGGCGCCGCGUCGUUCGCCGAGCUGCUCCUCAUUUUGACCGACAUACUUCUGCUCUGGGGCGAGAAUGACAGCAUCUUCACCGUGGAGCUCGCGAGCCAGCUCAAAGAGCAGCCGGGCGAGAAAGCGGCGCUGCGAAGCGUCAGCGAGGCGGGGCACCUGGUCAUGCUGGAGCGGCCCCGCGCCUUCAACCGCUGCCUCAGGGAGUUCCUGGUGCAGCAGCAGCAGCCGCGUGCGACGACGGCGACGGCUGAGGCGGGCCUCUAGCAGAGUGA